UUUUGUCUUAUUCUUGCUGCUUCAAUCACCUGCAGCAACUCCACUUGAAGGGCCCACAGCAGCAGCUGCAGCAGCUGCAGCAGCUGCAGCAGCUGCAGCAGCUGCAACAGCUGCAACAGCUGCAGCAGCCGCAGCCGCAGCAGCCGCAGCAGCAGCAUCAGCAGCCGCAGCCGCGGCAGCAGCCACAGCAGCAGCAGCAGCAGCAGCUGAAGCAGCAGCAGCAGCUGCAGCAGCUGCAGCAGCAGCUUCACUAA